AUGACAUUCCAUCCCGACUCCCUCCCAGACCUUACAGGCAAGGUAUUCAUCGUGACGGGCGCAACCUCCGGCAUAGGAUACCACACGGUCGCACGCCUCGCGCAACAUGGCGCCCACGUGUAUAUGUGCGCACGCACCCUGGCCAAAGGGACCGCCGCGAGCGGUCGCAUCAAGUCGACCUAUCCUGACGCCCACCUGUCGGUGCUGGAAAUGGACCACACGUCGCUCUCGACCGUCGUCGCCGCCACGAAGCACUUUCUCUCCCAGGAGACGACGCUCCACGGACUGAUCAACAACGCCGGCAUAAUGGCGACGCCGUUCGAAACGACGCAGGACGGGUACGAGAUCCAAUGGCAGACCAACUAUCUCGCGCACUGGGUCUUCACGCGCCACCUCACCCCGCUGCUGCUCGAGACCGCCCAGACACUUCCGCUGGGAAGCGUGAGGGUCGUGAAUUUGUCCUCGUCGGGCCACUAUUCCGCGCCGAAACGCGGGAUUGACUUUGCAGACACGUCUCUGAGGGAUGCCAGCCCCAUAACCCGGUACGGACAGUCCAAGCUCGCGAACAUCCUCCACGUCAAGACACUGGAUAAGGUGUAUGGCCCGGACGGGUCUGCCGCUGGAGACGCACAGAUCUGGACAGCGGCCGUUCACCCCGGAUUGGUGGAUACCAGUAUUGCCGACCACGCUUCGCUGCCCCUACUAUUCAAGUGGGUGAUCGCGCCAUAUAAAGCCAUGGGAGGCUUUCUUGAUGGGGACAAGGGGUCGUGGACGAGCGUCUUCUGCGCGGCGAGCCCGCUGAUGAAGAAGGAACAUAGCGGUGCUUACUUCCAGAGGGUCGCGGACCCGAAGGGCUGGCAGAGCGCCAUGGCGAAGAACGCUGAGCUUGCUGCGAGAUUGGAAGAGUGGACGGAGCGAGAGAUGAAGAAGGGGGGUUGGGUUGAUUAG